AUGCACUCAGUAUCUAUUCAUCCUGCUACCAAUCUUUCUAAGCGUGUUGGGGAAGAUGUCAAGAAGCAGUUCCUAACCACACCUCCAGCGCUGUUGAUCGAGAACCCUGCAUACUCUUCAAUUUUAAGCAAGCUGAGAAACGACUACAAAUUCUGCUACUUGGUACAAUGGCUGUAUGUUCUUAAACACCUCAUCCGAAUGGGCGAGGCGUUUGAUGUAGAGAACCUCGAAGAAGAGGUUAUAGGAAUUGCCGACCCUCCUGUUUUUCUGGAUAGCUUUAAGGUGAAGUUGAUCCAAUACUUGUCCAAUUACAAAAUCAAUUCAGUUAGUGAUGAAUUUUCUGGCUGUGUUGAUCAGAUAUUUGGAAGUGAAAUGGAAUAUGACACAUUGGGAUUAGAGGACAAAGUUGAUAUACUCUACCAGUUGGUUCUAAGAGCCAACAAGAAGAGUCCUGAUCAUUUCCGAAAGAUUCUUUCCAGAUAUGACGAUCAAGAGGAAGAAAUGAGAGUUACACCAUUACUUCAAGUAUCUAAUGGAGAUACGAGAGAAGAGUAUUUGAUGCUUAAAGAUGCUCGAUUGUAUUAUAGGAAAUGGGAGUUUGUUAAGAUGUCAGUCCCCAAAAAGAGGAAAGACUACUUGAAAGAGAUAGAGGAGCCGGAAUAUAUCUAUUUUGACAAUAUUGAGCCCAAGGUAGUUGAAUGGAAGUGUCUAGCUGCAGGUAUCUAUCAAUUUGACAGGUAUACUCAAGACUUGAAGGCCUCUGCCGGACGGAAAAAGAAGUCUAUAAGCUAUAGACUUGCAUCGCGGUUAGAUUCAUGUUAUGAUCGUGUUAUAGCUCAUGAUCUAAGAAAGAGAAAGCAAGCUUUACAGAGAAAGAAAGAGGUUAAGAUGCAAUUCAUGUUGGCACAUAGAAAGAGAUCUUCUCGAUUAAUGGAAAGAGAGGAGCAUCGAAAGGAACAAGAAGCUCGUCGGCAUGCAGACCAAGAGAGGCUGGAAGCUGAAGCCGCAGAUCGUAGGGUUGAACGUAGGAGAAAAAUGAAAGAGAAACAGUAUGCUCUGGCAUCUAUGGGAUCGAGAUCACAGACUAAAACAAGGUCAAGUUCACCAGUUUACGAUGCCCAGACUAGAGAAGAAAGAGAACUGAAGAGACAGAAGGUUCAGGCUGUCAUUCUUAAUGGUGGUGAGAUUAAGCAGGAAGAAAAUUGGCAAGUUCUUAUUUACAGUAUGAGAAUGAUCAAAACAUCAUUUACGAUGCCUACAUUCAUUCCCUACAAUCCUCAUAAGGAGUAA